AUGCCUUCUCCAAUUCUCCUGCCAUCUCCCCCUCACUUCCGCCUUGUCUUCACUGGAAUUUCGCUAUCGCAGUCGAAGCAAGAUUUUUCGCGCAAAUUGUUCUUGUGUCAGCCGCGGAGGAGCGUUGAGACUAUUAAGUGUCUCGCCGAGGAGAGAGAAAGUUCAGGUGAAGCUGUGGGGAGGAGCUCAAUAUUGCUCAACAAGGUACGGGAAUAUGCAAUUUUGCUGAACUUGGGAUCUUUACGUGCGAUUGCAAUGCAAGAACGUGUUUAUAUAUUCAACUAUAACCGGAGAGCAGGAAAAGCUUUUAUUGAUGCGUUGUUACCCCGCUUAAACCCGAAGAAUAUGAAUGGAGGGCCCUCAAUGCCAUUUGUGAUUGAGGUAGUUGAGGCAGCACUAUAUUCUCGAAUACAACGCACGGAACAGAGACUACUGGAUUUAGAACCACGUGUCCAAGGAUUGCUUGAGGUUCUUCCUAAUCGAUUGACUGCCAACAUACUCGAAGAACUUCGAAUUAGCAAACAAACACUGGUAGAAUUGGGCUCAAAGGCCGGGGCUUUGAAGCAAAUGUUGCUUGAUAUCCUUGAGGACACCCAUGAAAUACUGAGAAUAUGUAUCAUGGGAAGAAACUGCACUCUGACAAAAAAUGAUGAUAUGGAAUGCUCUGUUCCCUUAGAGAAGGAGAUAGCUGAGGAAGAGGAAGAAGAGAUUGAAAUGCUUUUGGAAAAUUAUCUCCAAAGAUGUGAAUCUUGUCAUAGUCAAGCAGAGAGGCUUCUUGAUUCAGCAAAGGAAAUGGAAGAUUCAACUGCCGUUAACCUGAGGUUUGCUAUUUCCAAAAUGGACCAACCCAUUUUUACUCGUGAGGGACCGAAUAAUUUAAAAAAUAAUGUUUUGGACCAAAAUAAAAAAAUCGCAAUAUGUUAUAAAUUUAGACAUAGUGCAAGUAUCAUGGGAUAAGGGUGUAUUAUAUUUCAUUAUAGCUGGUGCAGAAUUCGUUAUCAACUUAUCAUAUUUCAUUGGGGAUUUGAAGAGUUUGGGCUUGAUCAAUGAACUCUUGUGAGCCUGUGUUUUUGAAGGCCCAAUUUAUAUAGCAAGCAGUAAUUCGAAGCCUUAUAAAAAUGUUAAGUUU